AUGGUGACUGGCACUGCGACGACGACGGCCACGGCUACGGCUACCAGCGCCGUCAAGGUGAGCCCUCAAGGCGGGAUCCUUGAGGGAGGUAACCCAACUCAUUACGAUUCCAAGAACCCGUUGGUUCUGUUUAUCAUUCAGGCUGUAAUAAUCAUCGUGUUCUGUCGCCUGAUUCAUUGGCCACUUUCAAAGAUCCGUCAACCUCGAGUCAUUGCAGAGGUUAUCGGUGGCAUCAUCUUAGGCCCCUCGGUGAUGGGCCGUAUCCCAGGCUUCACCGAUGCCAUCUUCCCCACUGCUAGCAUCCCAAGCCUCAAUGUGGUUGCAAACCUGGGCUUGGUCCUAUUCCUGUUCCUCGUGGGACUGGAAACGGAUCUUCGAUUCCUUGCGAGCAACUGGCGCGUGGCAUUGAGCGUUUCCGCAGCAGGUAUGAUUUUGCCAUUUGGGCUGGGAAGUGCAAUUUCCUACGGUCUUUACAACGAGUUUCAUGAUGAUCCCUCGACGGUGCCUAUCAAAUUUGGUACAUACCUCCUGUUCAUUGGUAUUGCGAUGGCGAUCACCGCCUUCCCAGUGUUGUGCCGUAUCUUGACCGAGCUGAAACUUCUCGGCACUCGAGUCGGCGUCAUCGUUUUAUCCGCCGGUGUUGGAAAUGAUGUCGUUGGGUGGAUUCUACUGGCCCUUUGCGUCGCCCUUGUCAACGCAGGAAGUGGUCUCACUGCCCUCUGGGUCCUACUCGUUUGUAUAGGAUACAUGCUUUUCCUGUUCCUUGUCUUCAAACCACUCUUAUACCGCUUCCUCGAGCGGACAGGAAGUUUGCAAAAGGGGCCUAGCCAGUCGGUGGUGACUUUGACGCUACUUAUUGUGCUUGCGUCCGCGUUCUUCACGCAGGCCAUUGGGAUCCACGCCAUCUUCGGUGGAUUCGUGAUCGGACUGAUCUGCCCCCAUGAAGGUGGGUUUGCUAUCAAAUUGACGGAGAAGAUUGAAGAUCUGGUUGCAGCCCUUUUCCUACCACUCUAUUUCACACUAUCUGGCCUCAGCACCAAUUUGGGGUUGCUAAACAGUGGCAUCGUCUGGGGCUAUGUGGUUGGUGUCAUUGCCAUUGCUUUUGUUGCCAAGGUGGCCGGAGGCGCUCUUGCAUCUCGUUGGUGCGGAAUGCUUUGGCGCGAGAGCUUCUCAAUUGGUGUUUUGAUGAGCUGUAAGGGUCUAGUUGAGUUGAUUGUCUUGAACAUUGGUUUGCAAGCCAAGAUUUUGAGUACCCGCACAUUCACCAUCUUCGUGGUGAUGGCUUUGGUUACGACUUUCAUUACUACCCCGCUGACGACCAUCCUCUAUCCAACAUGGUAUCAAGUCAAGGUGGCACGUUGGCGACGUGGAGAAAUCGAUUGGGAUGGGAACCCUGUUCAGGGAGACUCCCGAUCCAAUAGUGUCUCUGUAGUCAAGGAUCAGCUGAAGACGGUACCCGUUCGCAAGCUUCUGGUCUAUCUUCGCCUGGAUGGCUUGUCAGGAAUUUGCACCCUGGCUGCUCUUCUUAGCCCCAAACACGAAGUAGCGGUAUCAUCGCCCCAUGUUCACCCGUCAAAGAGGCCAAAGCGGGCCGAGCAAACCAUUGAGGAUGCAGCCACGUCGGAGGAUGACAAGGAGCCCACUCUGUGUGUGCAUGGCGUGCGUCUUAUGGAAUUGACAGAUCGUGACUCGAGUGUCAUGAAAGUUUCGGCUGGAGAGCAUGCCAUGUGGGACCCAGUGGUGAACACCUUCCGUGCCUUUGGCGAGUGGCAAGACGUCUCUCUUAUGGCGGGCGUGUCCGUGAUACCUGAGUAUUCAUAUGCCGAAACGGUCGUCAACAUGGCCCACCAGGACACGGCGGAUCUCCUCUUGCUUCCAUGGAGCGAAACUGGAACAUUGGCUGACCGUCAAAGCGGUCUUGAAGUGGAUACCGCAAACCGAUUUGCCAAUGGUCCCUACACUGAUUUUGUCUCGAGCGUCGUAGAGCGGGUCCCGGGCCCCGUCGGUAUCUUGAUUGAGCACAACCCAGACCCUCGCACUACCAAACGGCCCACUCUCCAGCGCUCGACCAGUGGAAUGAGCAUUCAUUCCGUCUGGUCGCGACCAGCUUCUGGAAAUCGCUCUCGUCAUAUUGUACUCCCAUUCUUCGGUGGUGACGAUGACCGUUUCGCCAUACGGCUCGUUCUGCAACUCGCUCAGAAUGAAAGUGUCACCGCGAGUAUUAUCCACAUCCCAGGACAGCAUUCGGACCCAAGCAAACUCGGGGUAUCGACAUCCAUUUCGUCUGGAACGCAUACCGGAACACCGAAUAGCCAGUCAGAUCUCAUCUUUUUCGAAACUCUGCGUGAUUCUAUAUCGGAGGAUCUGAAUGACCGUGUCGUUUUCCAGCAGGCUGGCGUACAGGAGACGAUCAGUGACCCGGUCCAGCUGGCGGUGGCCGCCGUGCAACAGGACCUCGAUCUGACGGCCAACAAGCAUGGUAAUAUGGUGGUCGUCGGAAGACGUAGUGGCCCUGUUAAUUCUAGCAUUGCAAUCGAUCUGGGUGCGCAGAGUGUCGGUACCGAUACUCAGCGAGCCCUUGGGCCCGUGGCCUCGGCGAUGGUACAGCCCGAGAAUAAGGUCUUUGGCAGCGUGCUGGUGCUACAGGCUGGCGUGCACUCUGGCUUGUUCGAGAAUUUCCGGUGA